AUGAUGCAGGCAAUGUGAGAUUUUCAUUUGAGGAUUCUUAACACCCCCACCCCUGAAAACACACACACAUACUGUACUUCUUCAUGCAGAGUGCUGUUGAACUCUGGCCACAUGUAAAUAACGCCACAUUCAUGGUUUGCCAGAGCAAGGAAUAAUAUCCCCACAGGGGCAUUUUUAUAUUCUCACGUUUGGAGAGGAUAGAGAUCAUAACAGGUAUAACAAGGUAUUCUAAAAAUAAGGUAAAACUAUUUUAGAGGAGGUUUAGCUUCCUAAAGCCUCUUAUACCUGCUGCCCGAGGUUAAUACUUCAUGCACUCCACCCUCUCCUGUGGCAUUUCCUCUCAAACAACAAAAGGAAAGUAUAAUGUCUUGCCUUCACUGGGAUGAAUGAAUGGAACAGCCAAAGAGGAAGAAGGAUACAAACUGCAAUCAAACCUGGAUCGUCCAUGCGCCCUAAGACCAUGUUGGCCCACUUGGCAUUCUUUCUGGGAGCUAGCAUGCGUGUUCAGGUCUCGAGCAAAGUUACUUAGUUCACCAGAACACAUCUGCUACACAUUGCCUGACGACUCAAACUGAAUUCUUCCGCUCCUCUAUGUUCGCUAUAUACUUCAGUCUGAGACUGCCUUCAUUGAAGUAGUUUGUGGUGACCUCAAAAUGAAGGGUGUUGUACAAAACAAAGUCAUCAGCGAUGGGAUCAUUUCUAACCAGAGUAUCAAAGCCAAUGACACAUUUUCAGAAAUGACGCUUUACCCACGUGUUCUGGCUCUGGCCUAACCCAUCGGUUUCUGGGACCAAUCGGAACGGUUAGAAUAUGUUUACUUUCUAGAAAUCGUCUGAGAGGUAUUCAUAUCUAAACUUAUUGCGGAGAAGACACUAACGUCUGUGGGCGUGGCGUAGUGUUUGGCCGGAGCAAGGAGUUUGGGUAGCCAGGCAGUGCUACACAAUUACAUAAAUAUGAAACACUCCAGUAGAGAAUCUCAGACACAAACUCACUGGGCCAUGGCCUCAUCGGACCUGCUCUUACUUGGGGCCAAGGUGAGAUCGCUGGGGACUUUUUGAUGGACUUUACAUAACAAUGGCUAACUGUGAACAUGGGUUAAGGACAUGCUUCGGUACUUUGGAGACUAGUAAGUAUUUUUUAAACCUCCCGCUUUGGGCUAGAUGUGUCAAUGUGUAGUUCAUACAUGCAUAACCUAUGAGCAUAAUGACUUUCUUACCUCAAUUAGCCAUGAAAUCCCUAGUUUGAAACCGUCUGUUUUCUGGAAGCUGUGCUGUGCCAUUUUCCCUACAUUUCCCCCAGUGGAGGCUGGUGGGAGGAGCUAGACUUUUUCCACAUUUUGUUGUUAAAGCCCGAAUUUAAAAUUGAUUACAUUUAUUUUUUAUGUCACUGAUCUACACACAAUACCCCAUAAUGUUAAAGUGGAAUUAUGUUUUUACACUUUUUUACAAAUUAAUAAAACAUUUAAAGCUGAAAUGUCUUGAGUAUUCAACCCCUUUGUUAUGGCACGCCUAAAUAAUUUCAGGAGUAAAAAUUUGCUUAACAAGUCAGAUAAGUUGAAUGUACUCACUCUGUGUGCAAUAAUGGUGUCUAACAUGAUUUUUGAAUGAUGACCCCAUCUCUGUACCCCACACAUACAAUUAUAUGUAAGGUCCUUCAGUUGAGCAAUACAUUUCAAGCACAGAUUCAACGACAAAGACCAGGGAGGUUUUCCAAUGCCUUGCAAAGAAGGGCACCUAUUGGUAGAUGUGUGUAAAAAAAUAAAAUAAAAAUAAUAAUUAUAAUAGCAGACAUUGACUUUCCCUCUGAACAUGGUGAAGUUAUUAAUUACACUUUGGAUGGUGUAUCAAUACACCCAGUCACUACAAUGAUACAGGUGUCCUUCUUAACUCGGUUGAUGGAGAGGAAGGAAACCACUCAGAAAUUUCACCAUGAAGCCAAUGGUGAUUUAAACCAGUUACAUAGUUAAAUGGCUUUUGGUAGGGGAGAACUGGGGAUCAACAACAUUGUAGUUACUCCACAAUGCUAACCUAAUUGACAGAGUGAAAAGAAGGGAGCCUGUACAGAAUACAAAUAAUCCCAAACAUCCAUCCAGUUUGCAAUAAGGCACUAAAGUAAUUCUGCAAAACAUUUUUGUCCUGAAUACAAAACAUUAUGUUUGGGGCAAAUACAACACAUCACUGAGUACCACUCUUCAUAUUUUCAAGCAUGGUGGUGGCUGCAUCAUGUUAUGGGUAUGUUUGUCAUCGGCAAAGACUAGGGAGUUAUUUAGGAUAAAAAGAAAAGGAAUAGAGCUGAGCACAGGCAAAGUCCUAGAGGAAAACCUGGUUCAGUCUACUUCAGACACUGGGAGACAAAUCCACCUUUCAGCAGGACAAUAACCUAAAACUCAAGGCCAAAUAUACACUGGAGUUACUUACCAAGACAACAUUGAAUGUUCCUGAGUGGCCUGGUUACAUUUUUGACAUAAAUCGGCUUGAAAAUCUAUGGCAAGAUUUGAAAAUGACUGUCUAGCAAUGAUCAAUAACCAACUUGACAGAGCUUGAAUAAUUUUUUAAAGAAUAAUAGGCAAAUAUUGUACAAUCCAGGUUUGCAAAGCUCUUCGAGACUUGUCCAGAAAGACUCAAAGCCGUAAUCGCUGCCAAUGGUAUUUCUAACAUAUUGACUCAGGGGGUUGAAUACUUACUUAAUCAAAAUAUAUUUGUGUUUUCCAUUUAAUAAGAACAUUUUGUACAUGUGGGCUCCCUAGCAAUUUGCGUUCCAGCCAAUGAGAUUCAGCCCCUCGCCAUUUGAGUGACAGCUAGCAAGAAUCACACAGAGCAGAGCGAGAAAGCAAGCAUUGACAUGUUGCACAUACAGUUGAAGUCGGAAGUUUACAUACACUUACGUUGGAGUCAUUAAAACUUGUUUUUCAACCACUCCACAAAUUUCUUGUUAACAAACUAUAGUUUUGGCAAGUCGGUUAGGACAUCUACUUUGUGCAUGACACAAGUACUUUUUCCAACAAUUGUUUACAGACAGAUUAUUUCACUUAUAAUUCACUGUAUCACAAUUCCAGUGGGUCAGAAGUUUACAUACACCUCAGAAAAAACAUUGUAGACCUCUGGUUCAUCCUUGGGAGCAAUUUCCAAACGCCUGAAGGUAUAUACAAACGUUCAUCUAUACAAACAAUAGUACGCAAGUACAGUGAGGGAAAAAAGUAUUUGAUCCCCUGCUGAUUUUGUACAUUUGCCCACUGACAAAUAAAUUAUCAGUCUAUAAUUUUAAUGGUAGGUUUAUUUGAACAGUGAGAGACAGAAUAACAACAAAAUAAUCCAGAAAAACACAUGUCAAAAAUGUUAUAGAUUGAUUUGCAUUUUAAUGAGGGAAAUAAGUAUUUGACCCCCUCUCAAUCAGAAAGAUUUCUGGCUCCCAGGUGUCUUUUAUACAGGUAACGAGCUGAGAUUAGGAGCACACUCUUAAAGGGAGUGCUCCUAAUCUCAGUUUGUUACCUGUAUAAAAGACACCUGUCCACAGAAGCAAUCAAUCAAUCAGAUUCCAAACUCUCCACCAUGGCCAAGACCAAAGAGCUCUCCAAGGAUGUAGACCUACACAAGGCUGGAAUGGGCUACAAGACCAUCGCUGAGCAGCUUGGUGAGAAGGUGACAACAGUUGGUGCGAUUAUUCGCAAAUGGAAGAAACACAAAAGACCUGUCAAUCUCCCUCGGCCUGGGGCUCCAUGCAAGAUCUCACCUCGUGGAGUUGCAAUGAUCAUGAGAACGGUGAGGAAUCAGCCCAGAACUACACGGGAGGAUCUUGUCAAUGAUGUCAAGGCAGCUGGGACCAUAGUCACCAAGAAAACAAUUGGUAACACACUACGCCGUGAAGGACUGAAAUCCUGCAGCGCCCGCAAGGUCCCCCUGCUCAAGAAAGCACAUAUACAGGCCCGUCUGAAGUUUGCCAAUGAACAUCUGAAUGAUUCAGAGGAGAACUGGGUGAAAGUGUUGUGGUCAGAUGAGACCAAAAUCAAGCUCUUUGGCAUCAACUCAACUCGCUGUGUUUGGAGGAGGAGGAAUGCUGCCUAUGACCCCAAGAACACCAUCCCCACCGUCAAACAUGGAGGUGUAAACAUUAUGAUUUGGGGGUGUUUUUCUGCUAAGGGGACAGGACAACUUCACCGCAUCAAAGGGAUGAUGGACGGGGCCAUGUACCGUCAAAUCUUGGGUGAGAACCUCCUUCCCUCAGCCAGGGCAUUGAAAAUGGGUCGUGGAUGGGUAUUCCAGCAUGACAAUGACCCAAAACACACGGCUAAAGCAACAAAGGAGUGGCUCAAGAAGAAGCACAUUAAGGUCCUGGAGCCUAGCCAGUCUCCAGACCUUAAUCCCAUAGAAAAUCUGUGGAGGGAGCUGAAGGUUCGAGUUGCCAAACGUCAGGCUCGAAACCUUAAUGACUUGGAGAAGAUCUGCAAAGAGGAGUGGGACAAAAUCCCUCCUGAGAUGUGUGCAAACCUGGUGGCCAACUACAAGAAACGUCUGACCUCUGUGAUUGCCAACAAGGGUUUUGCCACCAAGUACAAAGUCAUGUUUUGCAGAGGGGUCAAAUACUUAUUUCCCUCAUUAAAAUGCAAAUCAAUUUAUAGCAUUUUUUACAUGCGUUUUUCUGGACUUUAUUGUUGUUAUUCUGUCUCUCUGUUCAAAUAAGCCUAUCAUUAAAAUUAUAGACUGAUCAUGUCUUUGUCAGUGGGCAAACGUACAAAAUCAGCAGGGGAUCAAAUACUUUUUUCCCUCACUGUAUAAACACCAUGGGACCACGCAGCCGUCAUACCGCUCAGGAAGGAGACGCGUUCUGUCUCCUAGAGAUGAACGUACUUUGGUGCGGAAAGUGCAAAUCAAUCCCAGAACAACAGCAAAGGACCUUGAGAAGAUGCUGGAAGAAACGGGUACAAAAGUAUCUAUAUCCACAGUAAAAUGAGUCCUAUAUCGACAUAACCUGAAAGGCCGCUCUGCAAGGAAGAAGCCACUGCUCCAAAACCGCCAUAAAAAAGGCAGACUACGGUUUACAACUGCACAUGGGGACAAAGAUCGUACUUUUUGGAGAAAUGUCCUCAGGUCUGAUGAAACAAAAAUAUAACUGUUUGGCCAUAAUGGCCAUCGUUAUGUUUGGAGGAAAAAGGGGGGGCUUGCAAGGCGAAGAACACCAUCCCAACCGUGAAGCACAGGGGUGGCAGCAUCAUGCUGUCGGGGGUGCUUUGCUGCAGGAGGGACUGGUGCACUUCACAAAAUAGAUGGCAUCAUGAGGAAGGACAAUUAUGUGGAUAUAUUGAAGCAACAUCUCAAGACAUCAGUCAGGAAGUUAAAGCUUGGUCGGAAAUGGGUCUUCCAAAUGGACAAUGACCCCAAGCAUACUUCCAAAGUUGUGGCAAAAUGGCUUAAGGACAACAAAGUCAAGGUAUUGGAGUGGUCAUCACAAAGCCAUGACCUCAAUCCUAUAGAAAAUCUGUGGGCAGAACUGGAAAAGCAUGUGCGAGCAAGUAGGCCUACAAACCUGACUCAGUUACACCAGCUCUGUCAGGAGGAAUGGGCCAAAUUUCACCCAACUUAUUGUGGGAAGCUUGUGGAAGGCUACCUGAAACGUUUGACCCAAGUUAAACAAUUUAAAGGCAAUGCUACCAAAUACUAAUUGAGUGUAUGUAAACUUCUGACCCACUGGGAAUGUGAUUAAAGAAAUAAAAGCAGAAAUAAAUCAUUCUCUCUACUACAGCCGUGGUCAAAAGUUUUGAGGUGACACAAAUAUUUUCACAAAGUCUGCUCCCUCAGUUUUUAUGAUGGCAAUUUGCAUAUACUCCAGAAUGUUAUGAAGAGUGAUCAGAUGAAUUGCAAUUAAUUGCAAAGUCCCUCAUUGCCAUGAAAAUGAACUUAAUCCCCCAAAAAACAUUUCCACUGCCACAAAAGGACCAGCUGACAUCAUGUCAGUGAUUCUCUCGUUAACACAGGUGAGAGUGUUGACGAGAACAAGGCUGGAGAUCACUCUGUCAUGCUGAUUGAGUUAGAAUAACAGACUGGAAGCUUUAAAAUGAGGGUGGUGCUUGAAAUCAUUGUUCUUCCUCUGUUAACCAUGGUUACCUGCAAGGAAACAUGUGCCGUCAUCAUUGCUUUGCACAAAAAGGGCUUCACAGGCAAGAAUAUUGCUGCUAGUAAGAUUGCACCUAAAUCAACCAGUUUGUAGCUCAGUUGGUAGAGCAUGGGGCUUGCAACACUAGGGUUGUGGGUUCGAUUCCCACGGGGGGGGCCAGUAUGAAAAAUGUAUGCACUCACUAACUGUAAGUCGCUCUGGAUAAGAGCGUCUGCUAAAUGACUAAAAUGUAAAAUGUAUCGGAUCAUCAAGAACUUCAAGGAGAGAGGUUCAAUUGUUGUGAAGAAGGCUUCAGGGCGCCCAAGAAAGUCCAGCAAGCGCCAGGACCGUCUCCUAAAGUUGAUUAAGCUGCGGGAUCGGGGCACCACCAGUGCAAAGCUUGCUCAGGAAUGGCAGCAGGCAGGUGUGAGUGCAUCUGCACGCACAGUGAGGCGAAGACUUUUGGAGGAUGGAUGUGUGGGGUUGCUUCUCAGCCAAGGGAGUGGGCUCACUCACAAUUUUGCCUAAGAACACAGCUAUGAAUAAAGAAUGGUACCAACACAUCCUCCAAGAGCAACUUCUCCCAACCAUCCAAGAACAGUUUGGUGACGAACAAUGCCUUUUACAGCAUGAUGGAGCACCUUGCCAUAAGGCAAAAGGGAAAACUAAGUGGCUCGGGGAACAAAACAUCGACAUUUUGGGUCCAUGGCCAGGAAACUCCCCAGACCUUAAUCCCAUUUGAGAACUUGUGGUCAAUCCUCAAGAGGCGGGUGGACAAACCAAAACCCACAAACUCCAAGCAUUGAUUUUGCAAGAAUGGGCUGCCAUCAUUCAGGAUGUGGCCCAGAAGUUAAUUGACAGCAUGCCAGGGCGGAUUGCAGAGGUCUUGAAAAAGAAGGGUCAACACUGCAAAUAUUGACUCUCAGCAUAAACUUAAUGUACUUGUCAAUAAAAGCCUUUGACAGUUAUGGAAUGCUUGUAAUUAUACUUCAGUAUACCAUAGUAACAUCUGACAAAAAUAUCUAAAAACACUGAAGCAGUAAACUUUGUGAAGACCAAUACUUGUGUCAUUCUCAACUUUUGACCAUGACUGUAUUAUUCGGACAUUUCACAUUCUUAAAAUAAAGUGGUGAUCCUAACUGACAGGGAAUUUUUACUAGGAUUAAAUGUCAGGAAUUGUGAAAAAAAUAUAUGUGGCAAAGGUGUAUGUAAACUUCCGACUUCAACUGUAUCUGCGCAUAUGUGGUGUAGUACGCAAUUUUGGCUCGUGGGGGCUACGUUAAGAACUACUGGCUAAAAAGUAUACAAAAGUACUGGAGAAUCCCUUAAACACCUUCUCAAAAAGCAACUGUUUUGAUUAUGCAGAGUUUGUUGAAUCUUCUAUUCAUACAGUGCAUUCGGAAAGUAUUCAGACACCUUUACCACAUUUUGUUAAGUUAUAGACUUAUUCUAAAAUUUAUUAAAUUGUUUUUUCCUCCCUCAAUCUACACACAAUACCCCAUAAUGAUGAAGCAAAAACAGGUUUUUAUAAAUGUUUGCAAGUAAAGAAAAAAUACAGAAAAAGAUGGGGAAAAUAACAUUUACAUGAGUAUUCAGACCCUUUGCUCAGUACUUUGUUGAAGCAGCGUUGGCAGCGAUUACAGCCAUGUCUUCUUGGGUAUGAUGGUACAAGCUUGGCACACCUGUAUUUGGGGAGUUUCUCCCAUUCUUCUCUGCAGAUCCUCUCAAGCUCUGUCAGGUUGGAUGGGGAGUGUCGCUGCACAGCUAUUUUCUGGUCUCCAGAGAUGUUCGAUCGGGUUCAAGUCCGGGCUCUGGCUGGGCCACUCAAGAACAUUCAGAGACUUGUCCCGAAGCCACUCCUGCGUUGUCUUGGCUGUGUGCUUAGGGUCGUUGUCCUGUUGGAAGGUGAACCUUCGCCCCAGUCUGAGGUCCUGAGCGCUCUGGAGCAGGUUUUCAUCAAGGAUCUCUCAGUACUUUCCUCCGUUCAUCUUUCCCUCGAUCCUGACUAGUCUCCCAGUCCCUGCCACUGACAAAUAUCCCCACAGCAUGAUGCUGCCACCACCAUGCUUCACCGUAGGGAUAAUGCCAGGUUUCCUCCAGACGUGACACUUGCCAUUCAGGCCAAAGAGUUCAAUCUUGGUUUCAUCAGACCAGAGAGUCUUGUUUCUUAUGGUCUGAGAGUACUUUAGGUUAUUUUUGGCAAACUCCAAGCAGGCUGUCAUGUGCCUUUUACCGAGGAGUGGCUUCCAUCUGGCCACUCUACCAUAAUGGCCUGAUUGGUGAGUGCUGCAGAGAUGGUUGUCCUUCUGGAAGGUUCUCCCAUCUCCACAGAGGAACUCUGGAGCUCCGUCAGUGACCAUCGGGUUCUUGGUCUCCUCUCUGACCAAGGCCCUUCUCCCCCGAUUGCUCAGUUUGGCCGGGCGGCCAGCUCUAGGAAGAGGUGGUGGUUCCAAACUUCUUCCAUUUAAGAAUGAUGGAGGCCACUGUGUUCUUGGGGACCUUCAAUGCUGCAGACAUGAUUUGGUACCCUUCCCCAGAUCUGUGCCUUGACACAGUCCUGUCUUGGAGCUCUACGGACAAUUCCUUCGACCUCAUGGAUUGGUUUUUGCUCUGACAUGCACUGUCAAUUGUGGAACCUUAUAUAGACAGUUGUGUGCCUUUCCAAAUCAUGUCCAAUCAAUUGAAUUUACCACAGGUGGACUCCAAGUUGUAGAAACAUCUCAAGGCUGAUCAAUGGAAACAGGAUGCACCUGAGCUCAAUUUCGAGUCUCAUAUCAAAGGGUCUGAAUACUUAUGUAAAUAAGGUAUUUCUGUUUUUUAUUUUUAAUAAAUUGGCAAACAUUUCUAAAAACCUGUUUUUGCUUUGUCGUUAUGGGGUAUUGUGUAUAGAUUGAGGGGGGGAAAGUACUUUAAUCAAUUUUAGAAUAAGGCUGUAACGUAACAAAAUGUGGAAAAAGUCAAGGGGUCUGAAUACUUUCAGAAUUCACUGCAUGUAUUUAAUGUCACCCUGGGUGAUGGAGAAACACUGAUGAAAUAAUAACAAUGGAUCACUUUAAUCACUAGAGACACUCGGGUGCUGCUAUGGAAAAGGUCCAUUACUUAGUAGUAUAAUAAUAAUUUGCCCCAAGGCUGAUUUUUCUGUUUCUGAUUCAGGUGCUUCAAACCUGCAUGUAUUCAAGUAACUAGGGCUGGUUGACUACCAGUAUCACAUAGUGUCCCAUCCAAAAUCUACAUCAGGUUCCAUUCUGCCCCAUUACCCCAGCUGUCGACUUAAACCAAUGAGUCACCACACCCCACAACUCCAAUGAUGUUACCCAACCCCGGCCUGAUGAUAUCACAGGGCCCAACCUCCACCCACAUUGAACAUACUGAUGUUUACACUGACUUGCAAUUGUGCUCGCUGGCACGCACUCUCCUUACCUUAGCAAAGCGUUUUGGAAAUGUACCUUUUUAAGGACCAGAACUGUAGGUUGAUUGGUUGGUUGGUUGUUUGUUUCCAGAACGACACAUGAGUUCCUGUUUGGAGCUCUGGCUGAGCUGGUGGACAACUCCAGGUACCAACAAUGCACUUCUCUCUGUUCUUACCCACAAUUCUUUUUUCUUCUACCCAUCCAAAAUGUUUGUAUGUAUGUGGGACAUCAUGCAUAGGUGUUAGUAAAUCACAAUUGCAGCAAAACACAAUACUGAACUGAUUCAGGAUUAAACCUGUGGGAAAUGAAUGUGUUAUUGUUAUCUAUAUUCUGAAAUAAAAGCCUUCUAAUAGGAACCACAUCUAACCACACUGGUUUUAUCUGUCUUCUGAUUGGUCUGUCACCUGCCAAUCAUCUCCUACAGGGAUGCAAAUGCCACCCGGAUUGACAUCUACACAGGUACACACACACACUUACACACAUACAGUCGGGGAGAACAAGUAUUUGAUACACUGCCGAUUUUACAGGUUUUCCUACUUACAAAGCAUGUAGAGGUCUGUAAUUUUUAUCAUAUGUACACUUCAACUGUGAGAGACGGAAUCUAAAACAAAAAUCCAGAAAAUCACAUUGUAUGAUUUUGAAGUAAUUAAUUUGCAUUUUAUUGCAUGACAUAAGUAUUUGAUCACCUACCAACCAGUAAGAAUUCCGGCUCUCACAGACCUGUUAGUUUUUCUUUAAGAAGCCCUCCUGUUCUCCACUCAUUACCUGUAUUAACUGCACCUGCUUGAACUCGUUACCUGUAUAAAAGACACCUGUCCACACACUCAAUCAAACAGAAUCCAACCUCUCCACAAUGGCCAAGACAAGAGAGCUGUGUAAGGACAUCAGGGAUAAAAUUGUAGACCUGCACAAGGCUGGGAUGGGCUACAGGACAAUAGGCAAGCAGCUUGGUGAGAAGGCAACAACUGUUGGCGCAAUUAUUAGAAAAUGGAAGAAGUUCAAGAUGAUGAUCAAUCACCCUCGGUCUGGGGCUCCAUGCAAGAUCUCACCUCGUGGGGCAUCAAUGAUCAUGAGGAAGGUGAGGGAUCAGCCCAGAACUACACGGCAGGACCUGGUCAAUGACCUGAAGAGAGCUGGACCACAGUCUCAAAGAAAACCAUUAGUAACACACUACGCCGUCAUGGAUUAAAAUCCUGCAGCGCACGCAAGGUCCCCCUGCUCAAGCCAGCGCAUGUCCAGGCCCGUCUGAAGUUUGCCAAUGACAAUCUGGAUGAUCCAGAGGAGGAAUGGGAGAAGGUCAUGUGGUCUGAUGAGACAAAAAUAUAGCUUUUUGGUCUAAACUCCACUCGCCGUGUUUGGAGGAAGAAGAAGGAUGAGUACAACCCCAAGAACACCAUCCCAACCGUGAAGCAUGGAGGUGGAAACAUCAUUCUUUGGGGAUGCUUUUCUGCAAAGGGGACAGGACGACUGCACCGUAUUGAGGGGAGGAUGGAUGGGGCCAUGUAUCGCGAGAUCUUGGCCAAAAACCUCCUUCCCUCAGUAAGAGCAUUGAAGAUGGGUCGUGGCUGGGGCUUCCAGCAUGACAACGACCCAAAACACACAGCCAGGGCAACUAAGGAGUGGCUCCGUAAGAAGCAUCUCAAGGUCCUGGAGUGGCCUAGCCAGUCUCCAGACCUGAACCCAAUAGAAAAUCUUUGGAGGGAGCUGAAAGUCUGUAUUGCCCAGCGACAGCCCCGAAGCCUGAAGGAUCUGGAGAAGGUCUGUAUGGAGGAGUGGGCCAAAAUCCCUGCUGCAGUGUGUGCAAACCUGGUCAAGACCUACAGGAAACGUAUGAUCUCUGUAAUUGCAAACAAAGGUUUCUGUACCAAAUAUUAAGUUCUGCUUUUCUGAUGUAUCAAAUACUUAUGUCAUGCAAUAAAAUGCAAAUGAAUUACAUAAAAAUCAUACAAUGUGAUUUUCUGGAUUUUUGUUAUAGAUUCCGUCUCUCACAGUUGAAGUGUACCUAUGAUAAAAAUUACAGACCUCUACAUGCUUUGUAAGUAGGAAAACCUGCAAAAUCGGCAGUGUAUCAAAUACUUGUUCUCCCCACUGUACAUAUUGCUUCAUACACCGGUACAUAGACACAAAUCUAUAUGGAAUAAUUUACAUUGCUCACCCCUCUGACACUACUAUACAGAUCACGCUGCCUAUCAACAAUCUACAAUACCUACAGUGCCAAUGGUUACUGUACUACUGAUUUUAAUUAUAAGCUACACCCAGAAUUUGACUAGUUCUGAUUUUAGUAGGCUUAGUUUCAGCUAUUGAAAAAGCCAUCUAUUUCGGUACUAGUUCCGUGUGUUAUGCUAUCUCUUUUCCCCCUCUUGUAUCUAACCUGUGUGUGGCUCUCUUUCUUAUCCACCUCCUGUUGUAACGUGUGUCUAACCUCUCUUCCCCUCGUGGCCAACAGAGAAGAGACAAGACUUGCGUGGAGGCUACAUGCUAUGUUUCUUAGACGACGGCACAGGAAUGGACCCCAGUGAGUUCCAUUAAAAUAAAAUGACUAAAGUAGACCGUAAUAAAGUUGAUCCACAUAUCUAUAUAUGAGUUAUAAGAAAUGCCAUAGUAUGCAACAGUCAACCAUAUAUGACGGUUAUAUUUCCCUCCCAUCUCUCUCUCUCAGACGAGGCGACCCAUGUGAUCCAAUUUGGGAAGUCCACUAAGCGUACACCAGAUUCUACUCACAUCGGCCAGUAUGGAAACGGACUCAAAUCGUAAGACACUUUAAUCCUCUCUCGCACAUAAUAUAUACCCCUUUGCAGACACUUUCAUUCAAAUCUACCUACAGUACAUACAUUUAGUGCAUACAUUUAUAGUGUUUGUAUGUGAUCCUCGCAUUGAUCGAACCUGCGACCUUGGGGUUGCUAGUGCCACGCUCUCACCAAGUGAGCCACAUCGUUUGUGUGUGUGUUUCUCUCUAGGGGCUCCAUGCGUAUUGGGAAAGACUUUGUUUUGUUCACCAAGAAGGACAACACUCUGUCCUGCCUGUUCCUGUCUAGAACGUUCCACGAGGAGGAGGGGCUUGACGAGGUGAGGUGUCAGGGAUCAGCUGAAGCAGGCACUCUCCCAUCCAGCAGACACAGUGAUGAUAUGUCAAUUGUCUUAAAACAUUGUUUUUAUUUUGUGACUGUCGUGUUAUACUCUGACUUACUGAGAGCCUUUAGUGACUAUGUCCACCUAUUUGAAACAACAGAUAACAUCACCUCUUGAGAAGUGUUUCAGUGUGUAUCUUAAGGUUGUCCAUUUGUCUCCUCUGUCAGGUGAUCGUACCCCUGCCCACCUGGGACCUACUGACCAGACAGCCAAUCACAGGCGACCCUGAGAAGUUUGCCAUAGAGACGGAGCUCAUCUACAAAUACUCUCCUUUUAAAAACGAACAGCAGCUGAUGGAACAAUUUAACAAGAUGGAGGGCAGCAGCGGUGAGACGUGUGGCUGUGGGUGUGUCUAUUGUGUGUGUGUGUGUGUGUGUGUGUCAGCAUGCGGUUGUGUGUCGGAGUGUCUGUCUGUCUAGGUGAUAAUCUAUAAUCUGAACUGUGUGUGUAGGUACUCUGGUGAUCAUCUAUAACCUGAAGUUGAUGGACACCAGAGAACCAGAGCUGGAUGUGGAGACAGACCACCAGGAUAUCCUGAUGGCUGGGACUCCUUCAGAGGGAGUGUAAGUAUGGGGUCUGUGUGGGUAAGAACGUUUCAAAUGAAGUUUUUCCUGUGUCGUGUGACCUGAAGACUACCUAGGAUUGUGUGUUUAUGUUGAUGACAUCACUUCCCCUCAUACAGGAAGCCAGAACGUCGGUCGUUCCGAGCGUACGCAGCUGUCCUCUACAUCGAUCCCAGGAUGAGGAUCUUCAUACAGGGACACAAAGUCAGGACCAAGAGACUGUCCUGCUGCCUCUACAAACCCAGGUUUACAUAUAUAUAUAUAUAUAUACACACACACACUACCGUUCAAAAGUUUGGGGUCACUUAGAAAAAGAAAAGCAGUUUUUUUGGCCAUUAAAAUAACAUCAAAUUUAUCAGAAAUACAGUGUAGACAUUGUUAAUGUUGUAAAUGGCUAUUGUAGCUGGAAACGGCAGAUUUUUUAAUGGAAUAUCUACAUAGGCGUACAGAAGCCCAUUAUCAGCAACCAUCAGUCCUGUGUUCCAAUGGCACGUUGUGUUUGCUAAUCCAAGUUUAGCAUUUUAAAAGGCUAAUUGAUCAUUAGAAAACCCUUUUGCCAUUAUGUUAGCACAGCUGAAAACUGUUGUGCUGAUUUAAAGAAGCAAUAAAACUGGCCUUUGAGACUAGUUGAGUAUCUGGAGCAUCAGCAAUUGUGGGUUUGAUUACAGGCUCAAAAUGGCCAGAAACAAAUAACUUUCUUCUGAAACUCGUCAGUUUAUUCUUGUUCUGAGAAAUUGCCAAGAAACUGAAGAUCCCGUACAACGCUGUGUACUACUCCCUUCACAGAACAGCGCAAACUGGCUCUAACCAGAAUAGAAAGAGGAGUGGGAGGCCCCGGUGCACAACUGAGCAAGAGGACAAAUACAUUAGAUUGUCUAGUUUGAGAAACAGGUGCCUCACAGGUCUUCAACUGGCAGCUUCAUUAAAUAGUACCCACAAAACACCAGUCUCAACGUCAACAGUGAAGAGGCGACUCCGGGAUGCUGACCUUCUAGGCAGAGUUGCAAAGAAAAAGCCAUAUCUCAGACUGGGCAAUAAAAAGAAAAGAUUAAGAUGGGCAGUCUGAGAUAUGGCUUUUUCUUUGCGACUCUGCCUAGAAGGUCAGCAUCCCGGAGUUGCCGCUUCACUGUUGAUGUUGAGACUGGUGUUUUUAUACAUAUACAAACCUGUUUUUGCUGUUAUUGGGUAUUGUGUUUAGAUUGAUGAGAAGAGAAAAAAACAAUUUAAUCAAUUUUAGAAUAAGGCUGUAACGUAACAAAAUGUGGAAAAGGUCAAGGGGUCUGAAUACUUUCUGAAUGCACUGUAUACUUUACAUCCCUUGUUUCCUUUAUUUUGCCAGUUACCGGUAUGCCUAGAGUCAGGAAGGCCGCAGUUUGGGCACCAUGCCUGCCAAAUAUAGGCUACAGCUAACAUAAUUGCAAAAGGGUUUUCUGACGAUCAAUUAGCCUUUUUAAAAUGCUAAACUUGGAUUAGCAAACACAACGUGCCAUUGGAACACAGGACUGAUGGUUGCUGAUAAUGGGCCUCUGUAUGCCUAUGUAGAUAUUCCAUUAAAAAUCUGCCGUUUCCAGCUACAAUAGCCAUUUACAACAUUAACAAUGUCUACACUGUAUUUCUGAUCAAUUUGAUGUUAUUUUAAUGGACACAUUUUUUUGCUUUUCUUUCGAAAACAAGGACAUUUCUAAGUGACCCCAAACUUUUUAACGGUAGUAUGUGUUGUGUGUGUGUGUGUGUGUAUAUUUAUAUAUAUAUAUACACACACACACACACACACACACACCACCGCAUCCAGAGACUCAUGUCUAGAGACAUCACUAAGACUGAAAUCAUAAGUCCUGUUUGUGUUCAUUCAGCUAAGUGUGUGUCUGUCUGUCUCAGGGUAUAUAAAUACACAUCGACUCGAUUCAAAACCCGCGCUGAGCAGGAAGUAAAAAAGGCUGAUCACCUCGCUAAGAUAGGUGAGUUGCCCACGGAUCACCUGGCCAAGAUGGGUAAGACACAGAACCAGGUCUGCCUUUAAAACCCACACCCCUCUCUAACUGACUGUGUGUGUUCCAGCGGAGGAGAAGGCUCGUGAGGCGGAGAGCAAAAGUCUGUCUCUGGAGGCCAAACUGGGAGACGACCUGUCUAAAGAAUCACGGGUAAGAACCAACACACACACACCACACAGCAAGAUUAGCAAUAUCUUGACCCAAUGGUCUGACUUCUCUCCUCCCUUAUUCAAAUCCUCCUCUUGUCUCUGCUCCAGGUCAUGUUGCGUAAGGCUCAGGAGGGGGCCAUGAUGCUUCGACGGGAGGCGGAGGUGAAGAAGAAGAUUCAGGAGUCCAAACAGAAGUCAGUGAAAAUAUAGGACUUUAUAAAAAAACGAACGAAAGUCAAGCCAAACAAUAAAACUUUAACACUUCUCUCUCUCCUUCCCCCAGAGCAUUGAAGGAGCCUAAGGAACUGAGUUUUAUCUUCGGGGUGAACAUUGAGCAGAGAGACCUGGAUGGGAUGUUUGUGUAUAACUGCUCUCGUCUCAUCAAGAUGUACGAAAAGACUGGCCCUCAGCUGGAGGGAGGAAUGUGAGUAACACACACACACUCCCUUCGAUAGUCCUCUCUUAUUGGCUAGUCAGUGACCAGUGUGACGACCAGAAAUGCUUUCUAAUGAAGUGUGCGUGUGUGCAGGGCGUGUGGGGGUGUUGUGGGGGUAGUAGAUGUUCCAUACCUGGUUCUGGAGCCCACUCACAACAAGCAGGACUUUGCGGACGCUAAAGAAUACAGACACCUUCUGAGAGCCAUGGGAGAACACCUAGCCCAGUACUGGAAGGACAGCAACAUAGGUAACGCACACAACGUCUAUAUAACCAUGAUAGUAGGUACUUAGAGAUUGUAAUUUAACCCUUAUUUUACCAGGUAAGUUGACUGAGAACACAUUCUAAUUUACAGCAACGACCCGGGGAAUAGUUACAGGUGGGAGGAGAGGGUCGCUUCAGGGUUAGAAUACAUGAGUAAUUAUAGCGUUAGAAAGUUGACAUUCUCCGCUUUUCAACAGUAUACAACUUACGUUGUAAGCUAAUGCAUUGAAAAAAUAGAAAAUAAUUCUUAAAUGAAUACAGUCAAAAUAAGUGUAGCCUACCAUGUCCCUCCUCCUCGCUCUACGUCUAGGCUGCAACAAGAGAGGGACAGCAGUGAAUGCAGGCGGAUUGUUUAGUAGGCUAAAUAAACAUAUCAAGCGUAGCAAAAUAAUGUAACUAUUACAUCUGUGUAUAGCUCUAGUUAGAGACACACUACUGUUAAUGAGCAUGGUUACGCGCGGUUGUAUCCUUACUGCAACAGCCUUAGUCCAUAUGUCUAGCAUGUUUCUGCUUUUCCCACUUUUAGCUCAGAAGGGCAUAGUGAAGUUCUGGGAUGAGUUUGGGUACCUGUCUGCCAGCUGGUCCUCACUUCCCUCGCCAGAGCAGAGAUACAAGAGACGCCGCGCCAUGGAGAUGCCCCUCACGAUACAGUGUGGUGAGUUGUACACAUACACAGAGAUACUUUUAAGUGUGUCAAGUCACACACAAAUAGACAAGCUCUGAGGUUUGUCUUUCUCUCACUCUCUCUGUAGAUAAAUGUCUGAAGUGGAGGACUCUACCAUUCCAGAUGGAUGCGGUGGAUAAACGUUACCCGGACAGCUGGGUGUGUCUGAUGAACCCUGACAGCACUCAGGACAGGUAAACACACACACACACCUGCAGGAACACAACAUACAGUGGGGAGAACAAGUAUUUGAUACACUGCCGAUUUUGCAGGUUUUCCUACUUACAAAGCAUGUAGAGGUCUGUAAUUUUUUAUCAUAGGUACACUUCAACUGUGAGAGACGGAAUCUAAAACAAAAAUCCAGAAAAUCACAUUGUAUGAUUUUUAAGUAAUUAAUUUGCAUUUUAUUGCAUGACAUAAGUAUUUGAUACAUCAGAAAAGCAGAACUUAAUAUUUGGUACAGAAACCUUUGUUUGCAAUUACAGAGAUCAUACGUUUCCUGUAGAUCUUGACCAGGUUUGCACACACUGCAGCAGGGAUUUUGGCCCACUCCUCCAUACAGACCUUCUCCAGAUCCUUCAGGUUUCGGGGCUGUCGCUGGGCAAUACAGACUUUCAGCUCCCUCCAAAGAUUUUCUAUUGGGUUCAGGUCUGGAGACUGGCUAGGCCACUCCAGGACCUUGAGAUGCUUCUUACGGAGCCACUCCUUAGUUGCCCUGGCUGUGUGUUUUGGGUCGUUGUCAAUGCUGGAAGCCCCAGCCACGACCCAUCUUCAAUGCUCUUACUGAGGGAAGGAGGUUUUUGGCCAAGAUCUCGCGAUACAUGGCCCCAUCCAUCCUCCCCUCAAUACGGUGCAGUCAUCCUGUCCCCUUUGCAGAAAAGCAUCCCCAAAGAAUGAUGUUUCCACCUCCAUGCUUCACGGUUGGGAUGGUGUUCUUGGGGUUGUACUCAUCAUUCUUCUUCCUCCAAACACGGCGAGUGGAGUUUAGACCAAAAAGCUCUAUUUUUGUCUCAUCAGACCACAUGACCUUCUCCCAUUCCUCCUCUGGAUCAUCCAGAUGGUCAUUGGCAAACUAGAAGACGGGCCUGGACAUGCGCUGGCUUGAGCAGGGGGACCUUGCGUGCGCUGCAGGAUUUUAAUCCAUGACGGCGUAGUGUGUUACUAAUGGUUUUCUUUGAGACUGUGGUCCCAGCUCUCCUCAGGUCAUUGACCAGGUCCUGCCGUGUAGUUCUGGGCUGAUCCCUCACCUUCCUCAUGAUCAUUGAUGCCCCACGAGGUGAGAUCUUGCAUGGAGCCCCAGACCGAGGGUGAUUGAUCAUCAUCUUGAACUUCUUCCAUUUUCUAAUAAUUGCGCCAACAGUUGUUGCCUUCUCACCAAGCUGCUUGCCUAUUGUCCUGUAGCCCAUCCCAGCCUUGUGCAGGUCUACAAUUUUAUCCCUGAUGUCCUUACACAGCUCUCUGGUCUUGGCCAUUGUGGAGAGGUUGGAGUCUGUUUGAUUGAGUGUGUGGACAGGUGUCUUUUAUACAGGUAACGAGUUCAAACAGGUGCAGUUAAUACAGGUAAUGAGUGGAGAACAGGAGGGCUUCUUAAAGAAAAACUAACAGGUCUGUGAGAGACGGAAUUGUUACUGGUUGGUAGGUGAUCAAAUACUUAUGUCAUGCAAUAAAAUGCAAAUGAAUUACUUAAAAAUCAUACAAUUUGAUUUUCUGGAUUUUUGUUUUAGAUUCCAUCUCUCACAGUUGAAGUGUACCUAUGAUAAAAAUUACAGACCUCUACAUGCUUUGUAAGUAGGAAAACCUGCAAAAUCGGCAGUGUAUCAAAUACUUGUUCUCCCCACUGUACAGUAUAUCUCCAAAAUGUUGUGUGUGUGUUGUAGGUGUGAUGCAGCGGAACAGAAACAGAACCUUCCAAGUGGAGUUCUGAAGAAGGACAGACAGACAGCGGAGGACAAACAGAAAGAACUGACAGAGAAGAUCAGACAGCAGCAGGAAAAACUAGAGGCUCUGCAGAAAACCAGCACCAUCAGAUCAGCAGCAGAUGUGAAGAAGUUGCCUCUAGAUGUCAGCAUGAGACCCAUGAAUGACAGUUCUUCCCAGGUACACACACACACUCACAAAUACUCCCCAUCUACAGGUAAACACACACACACACACUACAGCUAUACAGACAUACUUACCCUCUACCUGCUUCACACACACAAUAACACAUACUGUCUCCUGAUAUCUGAAUAUAAUGUGUCUCAUGUUCUCUCUGUCUCCUAGGCAACCAGGUCGUCAGAGCGUGUGUCACGCCCUCGCUCCCCCCCUCUCCCUGCCCUCCUCAAGAACGCCCCCAGCCAGCCCCCGGCCCUCAACCGCAAACCCACCAAUUCCCCUCGACUGACCACCCGGCCUGCUGCCCCUCCCCCGGCCCCCAGAGUCGACCAAUCUAGAGCCAGAGCUGCAGCGAAGCCAUCACCCCCUCCAGCUAAGCCCGCCCCCAAAGCCCCAGCCAAAAUCCCCGCCAAACCCACCCCUCCAAGCCGCAGCUCACGGGUGAGUGUGUUUGUGUGUGUUGUCCUUUUUCAAAUCUAUUACGGCUAUGUUAAAGGAAUAGUGCGAGACUUUGGCAAUUAAGCCAUUUAUCUACUUACCCAGAGUCAGAUGAGGUAGACUUCCAGUCAUUGCACUAACGCUAGUUAGCAUUUGCCCGCAAAACUACCUCUAACUUCGUUCAUACUGGAUGCAGAGACACAAAAGUUCAUUGCCAAAAUAAUUGUCAAAAUACCUUUAAUGGGUGAAGCAGAUAUUUACAUGAUCUAUCAGCUGUUAAAAUGUAUGGUCCUUUAGCAGUAGCAGUAAUAUCUAUGGUGUUUCUACAGACCCCAGCCAAAACGUCUCCUGCCAAAGCAACCACACCUGCUAGCAGCCAGCGCAAGAGAGUGAUGGAGCAGGAGGAGAGUGAUGAAGAGGAGGAAGAAGAAGAAGAAGAGGAGGAGGAAGAGGAGGAGGACAGCGAGGACGACAGUGAGGAGGAGAAGGAGCCUCAGCCCAAGAAAUCCAAGAUGGCAGCUGCAGUGGGGAAUCGUGGGAAAGCUGUUGAGAAAGCUCCACUCAAACGGGGAAAAGUGACAGAGGUACUCUCUCUCUCCCUCCCUCUUUCUCACACACACACAUUUUCACUGCUCAGACUAUCAAACUGUCAAUCUAUAGAAUAUCUCUAUACAAUGUAUCAGACAGACAGAGGAAAGCACUGAAUGUGUAAGAGGAGAGGGAACAGAAAGAUGAAGGGAAAGUGAUGUUUGGAAGAAGAGGACAGGCAGAAAGAUGUCCCCUGAAGACGAGUGAGGACGGAGAGAUUAUGUUAGGUACGGAGAGAGUGAAAGCUCUUUUGGAGGAAGAACAUAAGUCUAAUACAUGGAGCAGACCAGAUGACCCAUAGGUCAGAGGUUGACCCAUAGGUCAGAGGUCAUGUGAUGUCAUCGACCCCACAGGUCCCCACCCCCCCACUCAGCACCAAACCCCCAACGCCUGAGAGGAGUGCUACCAUAGCAACACGGCUGCCCCCUGCAACACCACCGCCGGCCAAACCCAUCCCCACCCCCCCUAAGCCCUCGGCUGGGGCUAGAGCCAAGGUACCCACCAGCCACGGAGCAAGAGGCUACACUUGCUUUCUCUACACAUAAUGGAAUCGGUCCUAUCCUUCUCUCCUAACUCUAAUCAUAAUAGAAUAGAUCCUACCCUUCUCUCAUAAUUCUACUCUAAAUGGAAUGGGUCCUGUCUGUCUCCUAACUCUACUCUUAAGGUUGUUUUCGCAUGUAGUCCUCUUUAAAAUAACUGAUCUCAGUCUUCUUUAAAGUGAACUCUAGAGUAAAGAAAAGCAAAAUAACUCUUACAGUGCCUUGCAAAAGUAUUCAUCCCCCUUGGCGUUUUUCCUAUUUUGUUGCAUUACAACCUGUAAUUUAAAUGGAUUUUUAUUUGGAUUUCAUGUAAUGGACAUACACAAAAUAGUCCAAAUUGGUGAAGUGAAAUGAAAAAAUAACUUGUUUCAGAAAAUUCUAAAAAAUAAAUAACGGAAAAGUGGUGCGUGCAUAUGUGUUCACCUCCUUUGCUAUGAAGCCCCUAAAUAAGAUCUGGUGCAAACAAUUACCUUCAGAAGUCACAUAAUUAGUUAAAUAAAGUCCACCUGUGUACAAUCUAAGUGUCACAUGAUCUGUCACAUGAUCUCAGUAUAUAUACACCUGUUCUGAAAGGCCCCAGAGUCUGCAACACCACUAAGCAAGGGACACCACCAAGCAAGCGGCACCAUGAAGACCAAGGAGCUCUCCAAACAGGUCAGGGACAAAGUUGUGGAGAAGUACAGAUCAGGGUUGGGUUAUAAAAAAGUAUCAGAAACUUUGAACAUCUCACGGAGCACCAUUAAAUCCAGUAUUGAAAAUGGAAAGAAUAUGGCAACACAACAAACCUGCCAAGAGAGGGCUGCCCACCAAAACUCACGGACCAGGCAAGGAGGGCAUUAAUCAGAGAGGCAACAAAGAGACCAAAGAUAACCCUGAAGGAGCUGCAAAGCACCACAGCGGAGAUUGGAGUAUCUGUCCAUAGGACCACUUUAAGCCGUACACUACACAGAGCUGGGCUUUAUGGAAGAGUGGCCAGAAAAAAGCCAUUGCUUAAAGAAAAAAAUAAGCAAACACGUUUGGUGUUUGCCAAAAGGCAUGUGGGAGACUCCCCAAACAUAUGGAAGAAGGUACUCUGGUCAGAUGAGACUAAAAUUGAGCUUUUUGGCCAUCAAGGAAAACGCUAUGUCUGGCGCAAACCCAACACCUCUCAUCACCCCGAGAACAUCAUGUUUUUCAUCGGCAGGGACUGGAAAACUGGUCAGAAUUGAAGGAAUGAUGUAUGGCGCUAAAUACAGGGAAAUACUUGAUGGAAACCUGUUUCAGUCUUCCAGAGAUUUGAGACUGGGACGGAGGUUCACCUUCCAGCAGGACAAUGACCCUAAGCAUACUGCUAAAGCAACACUUGAGUGGUUUAAGGGGAAACAUUUAAAUGUCUUGGAAUGUCCUAGUCAAAGCCCAGACCUCAAUCCAAUUGAGAAUCUGUGGUAUGACUUAAAGAUUGCUGUACACCAGCGGAACCCAUCCAACUUGAAGGAGCUGGAGCAGUUUUGCCUUGAAGAUUGGGCAAAAAUCCCAGUGGCUAGAUGUGCCAAGCUUAUAGAGAUAUACCCCAAGAGACUUGCAGCUGUAAUUGCUGCAAAAGGUGGCUCUACAAAGUAUUGACUUUGUGGGGGUGAAUAGUUAUGCACGCUCAAGUUUUCUGAUUUUUUUGUCGGCAACAAAAUAGGAAAAAUGCCAAUGGGGGUGAGUACUUUAGCAAGCCACUGUAUCUUUGUAUUCACACUGCCCUUGCCUUUGAAUGAGGACUCAACUCUUUUGCCAGUUCACUUCACUUAUUUUGUGGUCCGAGUCCUCUUUGCAUUCACAUUGCUAUGUUUAGAAAGGAACCAAGAUCUUUUUCCAACAUUCAAAGUGCAGGGCAAGCCAUUACAUCAGAAUGUGUUAUCAGACAGCUAGAUAUACCUACUUAAAUUUUGGAAGCUAAUAGAUUGCAUUUAGUUAAGAGACAUAAUAAUUGUAAUCCGAAGAUACUAUUAACAUGUAAAUAUGAUUGGUAACAGAAUAAAUAGCAGAAGAAUAACUGCAGAUGAAAUAACGCUGUAAUUGAAAAUUGUACAGCUAAUGUAGGCUACUGCCCCUUUAAGAGCUAGAAUUGAUUUUGCACCCCAUGUUGUGAUUCUCACCAAAUAUUCUCACACUAUUCAAAUCCCAGAAUCGAAUAAACCUCUUAUGAAGCGCUCAGCCUAUAGAUCACAUAUUGCAAACCAAAUAAUCUGAACUAAAAUCACCAGACAUAUUUUGGCAUUUCUGUGCAUCCUUGACAAUCUCUAAUCAGUAUCCAAAAACGACAUGUUUUUUCAACGAAUCUGUAGUCUAGUGUGAGGUGCGGGAAUAAUGACAAGCAAACCUGGGAACCUUUGUGUUCACAUUGCCCUAAGAACGGGACCGCGGAAUUCAAGCGACUCGAACUCUGACCACCUCUCGAGAUGGUCUCAGUUCGGUUUGCUUCAGGGGCUCUUUUGAGGGGUCGGAGUGACUUUGUGUUCACACUGCACAAAAAAUUAAGCAAACCACACUGAGUUCACAAAAAUUGGCUGAGAGGGACCAAGUGUGAAAACACCCUAAAUGGAAUGGGUCUGUCUGUCUCCUAACUCUACUCUAAAUAGAAUGGGUCCUGUCUGUCUCCUAACUCUACUCUAAAUAGAAUGGGUCCUGUCUGUCUCCUAACUCUACUCUAACUAGAAUGGGUCCUGUCUGUCUCCUAACUAUUCUAAAUAGAAUGGGUCCUGUCUGUCUCCUAACUCUACUCUAAAUAGAAUUGGUUACAUUCUUCUCUCCUGCUUCAUCUUUUUCUCCUACUCUCUUUUCUCAAUAACACACCACUCUUGUAUUUCCUGGAAUUUCUUCACACACACUUACUGUUAGACAGUUUGAUCAGUGUGUUUUCUGUGUGUGUAUGUUUUUAGGUGAUAGGCAGCGCAGAGGACGAGCACCCAGAGAAUGAACCGAAGAAUGCUCAGAAAGGUGAUUUAUUACAUUCUUGAUGAUAGUUGAUUGGCCGAGAAGAUUUCCGAUUAGCAAUGCCAUAGACAUCAGAGUUUCAGGACAAAGCUUCAUAAAACUCCUCUGUGUUGUCUCCUGUAGAUAAGGGUAUGUUGGUGGAGGUACGUGUGAAUAAGGAAUGGUUCACAGGCAAAGUGGUUGCUGUGGAAACCAGUAAGCAGAGUGUUCGGUGGAAGGUGAAGUUUGACUACGUCCCCAGAUCCACCCCCAAGGAUCGAUGGUAGGCUCACCAACUCACCGUGUUUGUGCUCUGUUGUCUUACGUUUAUGUGUGCGCUGUACUACGGCAGGGAAUUGCUAGGGACCUCACAAUACGAUAUUAUCUAGAUACUUAGGUGCCGAUACUAUGUAUUGCGAUUUGAUACUGCGAUUUUAUUAUAUUACGAACUAUGUCUGCUGCAGAGAGACGAGGGGGCAUGAGAAAACAAGUUUUGAUCAGUCAGGCAAAUUAAUGCUGAAAACAUGUUGGCUCACUAUUUAAAAAGAUGGAGAACAAGCUAUAGCUAUUUUAUUUAUUUAAAUCGGUACUUGGAGUCAAAUAUCAAUAUAAUAUUGUCCAAAAAUAAUAUUGCGAUAUGUACAGUUGAGGACCUAGGACCUGUAAGGCGUCUGUUUCUCAAACUAGACACACUAAUGUAUUUGUCCUCUUGCUCAGUUGUGCACCGGGGCCUCCCACUCCUCUUUCUAUUCUGGUUAGAGCCAGUUUGCGCUGUUCUGUGAAGGGAGUAGUACACAGCGUUGUACGAGAUCUUCAGUUUCUUGGGAAUUUUUCACAUAGAAUAGCCUUCAUUUCUCAGAACAAGAAUAGACUGACGAGUUUCAGAAGAAAGUUAUUUGUUUCUGGCCAUUUUGCUCCUGUAAUCGAACCCACAAUUGCUGAUGCUCCAGAUACUCAACUAGUCUCAAGAAGGCCAGUUGUAUUGCUUCUUUAAUCAGCACAACAGUUUUCAGCUGUGCUAAUAUAAUUGCAAAAGGGUUUUCUAAUGAUCAAUUAGCCUUUUAAAAUGAUAAACUUGGAUUAGCAAACACAACGUGCCAUUGGAACACAGGACUGAUGAUUGCUGAUAAUGGGCCUCUGUACGCCUAUAAUAAUAAUAAUAAUAAUAUGCCAUUUAGCAGACGCUUUUAUCCAAAGCGACUUACGUAGAUAUUCCAUAAAAAAUCAGCCGUUUCCAGCUACAAUAGCCAUUUACAACAUUAACAAUGUCUACACUGUAUUUCUGAUCAAUUUGAUAUUUUAAUGGACCAAAAAAAUGCUUUUCUUUCGAAAACAAGGACAUUUCUAAGUGACCCCAAACUUAUGAACGGUAAUGUAACUGUAUAGAUUUUUUUCCCCCAUCACUAUGCUGUAACAGUGGCCAAUGAUGUGCCAGUUUCUGUCAUUUCCAAAUGUUUAGUUUAUUGUUUUGUUAAGUUAGUGUUCUCAGGAGUUUUAGGGUGUUGUUAUUAUGGUGGUUAAUGGCAGUGAGGAGGAGAGGUUGUUGGUAUAAUUUAUUGUUGUUGUUAUUAGGGUUUUCAAAGGCAGUGAGGAGGUGAGGUUGAUGCGACCCCCCUCUCCCCUCUCCCAGACCCCUGACACACAGCAAGGGGAGGGGACAGACAAGGGGCCCGCCCCCAUGGAACCCGACACCACCCAACCAGGAGCCAGUCGAGAGGUGACUGACAACCUGGUCAGCAUGAUGAGGUAACCAUGACUACCUGAUAUACGCUGUCAUUGAGUCCUAACUGUUGGUUUUUGGCCUCCAAUUCCCCUUUUUUCAGAGGGAGAAUGGAACGGGGAUGUCACAACUAUAAUUUUGUGUGUGUUCUCUUCAGGACUCUGCUGCGUUAUUUCUUCCCUCCUGAUUUCCGGAUCCCGAAGGACGAUGUCAACAGCAUGACCGCAGAAGAGCUGGUGGCCUUCCCUAUGGUGAGACUGACCAUUAACUCCUGACCUCUAACCUUAACACAUGUCUUCUAGAGACCUACCCUGGAGUCUGCUGCAGUCAUAGUCAUAUCAUUGUAAUUCAUGCCAUAGCAAAAUCUGUGUGUAUAUACACUACCAGUCAAAAGUUGGGACACACCUACUCAUUCAAGGGUUUGUCUUUAUUUUUACAAUUUUUUACAUGAAAUAACACAUAUAGAAGUAUGUAGUAACCAAAAAAGUGUUAAACAAAUGAAAAUAUAUUUGAGAUUCUUCAAAUAGCCACCCUUUGUCUUGCUGACAGCUUUGCACACUCUUGGCAUUCUCUCAACCAGCUUCAUCAGGUAGUCACCUGGAAUGCAUUUCAAUUAACAGGUGUGCCUUCUUAAAAGUUAAUUUGUGGAAUUUAUUUCCUUCUUAAUGCGUUUGAGCCAAUCUGUUGUGUUGUGACAAGGUAGGGGUGGUAUACAGAAGAUAGCCCUAUUUGGUAAAAGACCAAGUCCAUAUUAUGGCAAGAACAGCUCAAAUAAGCAAAGAGUCCAUUAUUACUUUAAGACAUGAAGGUCAGUCAAUACUGAACAUUUCAAUAACUUUGAAAGUGCAGUCGCAAAAACCAUCAAGCGCUAUGAUUAAACUGGCGCUCAUGAGGACCGCCACAGGAAUGGAAGACCCAGAGUUACCUCUGCUGCAGAGGAUAAGUUCAUUUGAGUUACCAGCCUCAGAAAUUGCAGCCCAAAUAAAUGCUUCACAGAGUUCAAGUAACAGACACAUCUCAACAUCAGCUGUUCAGAGGAGACUGUGUGAAUCAGGCCUUCGUGGUCGAAUUGCUGCAAAUAAACCACACUACUAAUGGACACCAGUAAGAAGAAGAGACUUGCUUGGGUCAAGAAACACGAGCAAUGGACAUUAGACCGGUGGAAAUUUGUCCUUUGGUCUGGAGUCCAAAUUUGAGAUUUUUGGUUCCAACCGCCGUGGCUUUGUGAGACGCGGUGUGGGUGAACGGAUUAUCUCCGCAUGUGUUUUUCCCACCGUAAAGCGUGGGGGUGCUUUGCUGGUGACACUGUCUGUGAUUUUAGAAUUCAAGGCACACUUAACCAGCAUGGCUACCACAGAAUUCUGUAGCGAUACGCCAUCCCAUCUGGUUUGGGCUUAGUGGGACUAUCAUUUGUUUUUCAACAGGACAAUGACCCAACACACCUCCAGGCGGUGUAAGGGCUAUUUUACCAAGAAGGAGAGCGAUGGAGUGCUGCAUCAGAUGACCUGGCCUCCACAAUCCCCCGACCUCAACCCAAUUGAGAUGGUUUGGGAUGAGUCGGAUGGCAGAGUGAAGGAAAAGCAGCCAACAAGUGCUCAGCAUAUGUGGGAACUCCUUCAAGACUGUUGGAAAAGCAUUCCAGGGGAAGCUGGUUGAGAGAAUGCCAAGAGUGUGCAAAGCUGUCAUCAAGCCAAAGUGUGGCUGUUUGAAGAAUCUAAAAUAUAUUCUACAAUGUAGAAAAAUAGUAAAAAUAAAGAAAAACCCUGGAAUGAGUAGGUGUGUCCAAACUUUUGACUGGUACUGUAUAUAUAUCUGACUGUGUGUUCAUGCGUGUCUGCAGAAGGAGUAUUUCCAGCAGUAUGAGCUGGGUCUCCAGUCUCUGUGUAACUCGUACCAGAGCAGAGCUGACGCCAGAGCCAAAGCUGUGGAGGAGAAGAGUAGCAGCGCUGAGACCAAACUCAGGGAGGCAGACGAGAAGCUACAGAAACUACGAACCAACAUCGUACAACUGCUGCAGAAAGUACAGGAGGUAAGACACACACACCAAAAUCGAAGCUUAGCCACAGAGAAGAUGAGGUAACACACAUGCACGCACUCACACACAAACUGAAAACUAAUGUCUCUAUUUCCCUCCUGCAGGACAUUGACAUAAACACAGAUGACGAACUGGAUGCCUACAUAGAAGACCUGCUGACCAAGGGGGACUAG